AUGGCAGAUACACCAUUAAAGGCUCAAACUGCUCAAGUCGUACCGGGUAUGGAGGGCUUGUCGGAAGAAGAGCGCCUGAAGAUCCAAGCAGUUAUGGCAUGUGCCGAACUGGAUGCAGCCGCCACCGCCGUCGCCAGCGCCGGACCAUCAGCGGCCGUCACCCCGCUCUCGUAUGUUCUUUCCAGAUUCGAUUUAAUCGGGAUCCUUUCUCGAGAGAACGUCACGAGAACGUACUGGCGGUCCUGCGCAAGAGCCUCGACUCAAGCAGGACAAGGAGCCGUCGAUUUCUGCCCGGUCCGACUCCACUCCGUCACGAUCUCACGAGCCAUCUCCAGCAGAGGAUGCCUGUCCGAGAAGGAACGAGCUCACAUCGAGGCAGUGAUGGCCAGUGCUGAACGCGACUCCAUGAUGUCGUUGGAGCCACAACCAACCAGCGACCAAGUCGAGCUACCUGGAUUGGAGGGGUUGUCCGCUAGUGAGCGAGAGCAAAUUCUGGCUGUAAUGGAGUCGGCGAGACGAGAUGCCGAGGAAUCUCGACCACCAACCGCGGAACCCCUGCCGCCUCCACCACCGUCUGCGUUCACCACAAUCACCACGCCUGAAGCUGCACCAUCCAUAAGUCCUUCCGUUCCACCCGGGCUGGAAGAGCUAUCGGCUGAGGAACGAGCAAAGAUUAUGGCUGUGAUGGCGAGCGCGGCGAUGGAAGAGCAGCAGAUCGUCGUUCCCCCGCUACCGUCUCCAGCUCCUCCAAGAUCUGAGCCUCCUUCUGAACCGAUACCGGAGCCAGCCAUUAUUCCUAGGACACCCUCUAUUCCCAAGAUCUCACCAGAGCAAGAAAAGCGCCGUCCUUCUGAUCAUAUGGUUCGCAGCUCAUCAGAAUUUUCCCUCAAAGACCUCGCUGAGGGCGAAGCGGAAAGGAGAGAGGCAGUCGAGGAUCAAAUCGAUUCGGUGACUUCCACCAGUUUCGGAAGAGGAACCCAUGAGCAGGAGAUUGCCGACAAGCCAGGCCAUCGAAUCCUUUGGAGCUUUAGAGAGGACGCUCAACGAUUCUCAGACCAGAAAAGGGUCGCUGAACCUGCGCGUGAACAGUCGCCUGAAGAAGAAAUCCCCGGCGUCGACCUGUCGCAUCUGUCGCCAUCAGAGCGGGAGCAGAUCCGUGCAGUCAUGAGAAUGGCUCAAAUGGAUGACCCGGGAAGAAGAGAAGGUCUUUAUCAAUCAAAAGCUCUCCGGGGCAUCUCGAUCAACCAUCAUAUGCCCAGAGCAGAACGGAUGUACGACGUAUUGGAAGAUGCUGGUGAAGUGAGGGAAGGUGCCCACUCGAGAAACGACUCCCGUGCAGAUGACAGACGUGAAGACUUCGAUUUCACCUAUUCAGAUGCUCGAUUCUCUGACCUAAAUGAUGAUAAUUUCGAUACGGAUAGGUACAAAGUUAGUUUACAUGACGAAUCGGGUGUCAGCGUAGAUGCGGUGGAAAUGGAUGAAGAGGAUUUGUACAGUCAACAGAGAGCUGAGUGGACCGGUGGACGGACACGAAUGUGGACGACGGUGUUUGAAGGUGACGAGUCAGAACAACCGGCUGACGACGUAUUCAUCCAGCACUCGCCUACAGGGAGUCGUAGAAAGCUGAUGAUGGAUCUGGCUAUGCACUCAAGGAGAAUAGAGUUUGACACAGGUGUGGUGCCGUCGUCUAAGGCCAUCCCACCGACAAGGACGGCUGCAGUACCCUGGACCCCGAUGGGAAUUGAGACACCAAAGAAAGCGACGCCAGAAAUCACUGUCACUGUGCAUGAUGAUCGACUGGACAGUGAGGAUGAAGAAAGUGGAAGUGAGGACGACGACGAAUAUCCGGACAAGGUGGUAGCCGCUCCCAUAGCUCCUACACCCACGUACGAAGAAGUUGAGCAAGAACGUCAACGACAAGAGCAGUACGGCAAGGAGGUCCUGCAACAGAUCCAAGCGUUCGGUGAGGCAGCCAAUGACGAGUUUGACGUCCAAUGGGCUAAAUCCACACUACAGAGGAGUCAACAGAAGCAUGAGGUUACUGAGCCGUCGAAGGAAGUGCCUGCGAUUUCCAUGGAAGAAAUCGAUACCCUCUCGAGCCAGAAGCACGACGCUCCGUUGGAAAUCGUCGAAAACGAGGAACGGAGAAAUCCAUUUUUGGAGUCGCCAGAAGAUGAGGAUGUUUCGGUCGACAUGGAAGAGGUUGACGUAAAUCGUGCGGCUCAAUUCUACCAGUCCCACUCGUUGUUCUGCCAUCGACCCGGGCCAGUCUACACGAUACCGGAGGAUGCGAACGAAUGUGACGGUACCAUAGAAAACACCGAAAGCCGGCUGAUAGCUCGGAGAGAAAAAGCGACAAUGCGGCUCGAUCAUUUUGCUAAUUCUAUCAUCGUUUGUAUAGUCAAACCAACGACGACGACGUCAACGACCACCCGUACCACCACGGCCAAGACGACCACACCUUCCACUUCUACUUACACCAUCAUCGCUCUCGGAUCCGGAAUCCAUACUCGGUCGGUGACAUCAACUGUCGACAGCCACGUCUACAGCUCACAUUCGCACACACAACCUGCACCGUCAACCGUCUACACCUCUUCAUAUCUCUUCUCUUCAUCACCUCUUUCACUAUCGCCUUCAGUGUCAACGGUCACUCUACCGGCGACUCAUACAACCCUGAAUACCGUAUCCGACAUACCAGCCUCCAUCAGUGCCUCCAUAGACAAGACAAUGGCCGACAUUGAAUCAUUGCUCGAUUCGGUCUACACUUCUGAGAAGUCGCAACCAAAUCUGCUUUACUACGAUCAGAAACCGUUCCAACAAGCACCAACCCCAGGUAAUGACCAAGUCGAAGCGGUUCCAGUACGUUCCACUUCCGUGCUGAGUCUGCGCGAUAACCACCUGCGCUUUUUCAUCUUUAUAAUGAGGCAAUACGCCAUCAGAAUGACCUUUAUCUUUCUCGUUUAA